AUGGAUCCUGAAAAUGAGAGAAUUGCUGAAGAUUUAAUUGCUUCAAUGGAUGUCUCUUCAAUUAACCCAGAUGAUGCUCCUGAUUUUAUAUCAAUUUUAUCUGUUAAAAAGCAAGAAGCAUUGAUUUUAAAUGAUUAUGAAAGAGUCGAGCGCAUUAAAAACCUUAUUACAGCAUUGAAUUAUAUGGCUCCUAUUAUUUUACCUAAAAAAGCAGCUAAAACACCAGUAAAAUCACCAGCAAGAUCUCAAACACGUAGCAAAUUAUCGACAAGCUCAAAGAUAUCAAUGAAUUCAUCGCAAAAUUCAACAUUAGAUGAAGAAGGACACAUGUCUUUUGUUUCAGAAUUAUCACAAAGUUCAAUAAUUUCACAAAGUCAAAAUACUCCUUCAGAAUCGAUUGAUCCUGAACAAAUAGAUAAGGACAUACAAGAACUUAUCAGAGGAAAUGAGGUUACCCAAAUUUCAGAGAACUAUAGGCAGAUAUUAAAUUCAAGAAUAAGCGAACUCCGUCUUGAUGCAAUUGAUCAUGAUAAUUAUGAGCAAGCCAAGAAUUAUGAUAAAGCAACCGAUACAUUACGCAAGAGACAAAACCCUUCUGUUGAAAGACAAAAGAAGAGGUUAGAUGAACUUUACAAGAAGCGAGAAUUAGUGCAAAGAAAAGCUGCUGAAGAAGAGGAAAGAUACAGAUAUGAAUUGCAAACUUUAAUUAAUCAAUACAAUGAAGCUAAAGAUAAAUUAACAGAAGAUACAGAUAUGAAGAAAUAUAUUGCAGAAGAAGAAUAUGUAGAGCAGAAAGAUAUUAAACGGCAUACUAAUUUUGCAGAAGUUGAAAGUAUGAAGAAAGAAAAUCAGAAAUUGAUCGCUGCAAGAAACUAUUCCAAUGUAAAAGUGAUGAAAAAGAGGAUCGCCAAGGCCCAAGAGCAAGCUGAAAAUAAAGAAACAGAGAGAAUGCAAAAAGCGGCAGAUGCGAAAUACGAAAAAAAGAAUGCAGAGAUAGAUAACCAAAUAGCAUGCUUUAAUAAGAAAUGGGAUUUGAAGAUAGAUGAUUUUAAGUCUAAGAUGGAAGUAUCCAUGAGUAAAUUUGUCAAAAUGAUUGAAUCUCUUGAUAAACAGAUUCAUUUCUAUCAGAAGAAAUUGCAUGAGGGAUCUCGCAAUUCUGAUGUUUAA